AGAUGUCGAACUGGGUUGUCGCGGACGAUAGACAUUGACAUCCUACUUGACUCCUAGCAGCAGUCUCAAUUCUCCAUACCCCCAAGUGUUGUUCUCCGCCUCUUGCCUUCUACGCCGUCACAGUAGUACCCCGCCAAAUACACGUGUCCAAUUUCGCGUCAUUUGAAAUUAUAUGUAGCUGGCGUUAGGUCCGCGCCCCCACUCGGUUCCCGCCUAAAUUUAGCGGCGUAGAUCUUUCUGACUAGUUAUAAGCAAAACCGCUUCAGGCUAGCAAUGGCGGCUGCCGCCGUGACCGAGCUGUGUCGAGCGCCUCGCUGCACACCCGCGGGAUUUCCAACUUCCUCCCGUCAGCACGCUCCGCUACCAGACCCGCCCGAGGCGAGCACACUCCCUCGCUACAACGGGCUCUGUAGGUACCGCCGUCCGCAGCUUGCCCGGAUCGUAAGGGUGACUAUAUCGAGAGCCAAUCCCAGCAGCCGCACACCCGCACACGCACUCCCGUCCGCGUGUCGCGCCUUCACAAGCCCGACAGACAAGGCGCGUGGAACCAGCAAGACAUCCCAAAUCGCAGCAGCUGACACGGACACCACUCCCGUUAGAACUCAGUCAGUCCUUCAGUCGUCCCGACGACAAGCCGCUACAGGCGGCGGUACAGCUACAGCUACUGCUGCCGUUACAGCUACAGCUACUGCUGCCGCUACAGCUACAGCUGCGGCUGCUGCUCUGGAGGAGUCGCUGUCGGGGCGCGGCAUUCCCGAGGCGUACUCGUCGGAUGCGCAGAUCCUGCGCGGCGAGGUGGAGGGAUUCGCCGCCGUGGACGAGGACGACUGGACCCUGCUAUGGACGUCGGGUCGCAAGCGGCAGUACCCGCGAAAGCGUCGCUCCAAGACUCACGCUCCCCCCGCCGUCAACGCCUCUAUCCCAUCCUCUCCAUCCAGCCUUCCUCCGUCCGCCUCUCUCCAGCCGCCAGAGGCGGCGGUGAUCGAGCGAUCCGGGCCGUCCGUAGACAGCAGCGACGGUCUGGAGCUGCUGUCAGUUGAAAGUUCCCAGUUCCCAGCCUCUCGCGGGGCGCCACGUGGCAGGCAGCCGUCCGCUAAAGCCGUGGCUGAAGCGGCAGUGAGAUUGAGGCGGGAGAGGAAGAAGCUGCAGCAGCAGCAGAAGCACAAAGGAGGGGCGCCAGAGGGUUAUAGUAACGAGGUGCGGGACGGCGUGACUGGAUCCGUUGUGACUGAAUCGGAAGAGGCUUUUUACACUGCGCCAUCCACACCCUCCUCCGCCGCCUCCUCCUCCUCCCCCCCGUUCUCGCCCCCCAUGCCCCUGACCACAUCGCUGGUUUCCGAUUCGCUAGUAGCUUCCCCUUCCGCGCCUUCGACUCCCGCGGCCCUCCCCCGCUCCUCCUCCUCGUCGCCUCCCCCACUCGCUCCCGCCACUCCCGCCCCUCCCCGCACUCCGCUGCCCGUAUUCGCGCCGCCGCCAGCGGCGAACGCCUUCCGGAAAGAGAACCUUACAGUGCAGGAGGCGGAAGGGGGAAGGCAGGGGGAGCAAGAGGGGGAGAGUGGGCGCAGGGGGGUAAGUUGGCGGGGGACACCACAUAAGCGAGUAGUGAGAUUGACUUUGGCGCGUCCGCCCGCAGCGAUGAGGCGGGGACGGGCAGAAAAGGCAGAAGCUCUUGACAGAUUGGGAGCGAGCGCGGGAGGAAGGGAGGAGGAGGAGAAGGAGAUGGGGGAGGAGAUGCAGGAGGAGAGAGGAAGUGGCGUGGAGGUGGCUCGUGCUCUCAAGGCAGUGAGGCGGCAGGUAGCUGGAGGGACGAGGAGCGCCAUGGCGACGGCUAAGGAAACGCUGGAGAAGGUUCUCUCUCAGCACCCGUCAAACCCGCAAGUCCAGGAGCACAUGGCGCUACUGGAGCGGAAGGCAGGCAGCCCGGCGGCUGCCAGGGCGUGGUACCGCCGCAGCGUGCAGGGCUACGAGGCCCUGGUGGCUGGGAGGGAGUCCAACACACGGGCUACAGAUGCUGAGCGUACAGCCGCAGAGCUAACAUCUGCAGAGCAAGCAUAUGCAGCAAGGGACUUAAUGGAGGGGCGACUUGAGGAUCGAACCUCUGUCGGAGCGACGGAGCAGGCAGGCCACCUGAGGGAUCGACAACACCUGAAGAAUCACCUGAGCCGGUGCCUGCAGGCAUGGGCGGGGAUGGAGGCAGAGGAGGGUGACAUGGUCGCCAGCAGGCAGAUGUUCCAACGGUCAGUAGCUGUGGCAUCGCAGUUGGAGAUGCUGCAACAGCAGCAGCAGCUGCAGCUUCGGUCUCAGGGAGAAUUUUCACAGCGGUCUCAGCAGGAAGGGAGUCUUGUGAUUGGCCUGCACGCCUGGGCCAUGGCUGAGAAGCGCGCCGGAAACUUUCAGGCUGCCCGGGACCUGCUGGAGCAGGCGGAGAAGCUCCAGCCGGGCAGCCAUGUAGUUCUGCAGUCACGCGCGCUCCUGGAAGCUUCUGUGAAGAAUCUCAGCGCUGCACGCUCCUACUUCAAGAGAGCCGCUGCUGCUGCUCCUCAUGACGCUGCCUGCUGGCAGGCAUGGGCCCUUCUGGAGGCACGGGCAGGCCGUGUGGAUCACAUGAGGACGCUCUUCCAGUCAGCACUAGCAGCAGACCCCAAGUCCGUUGCCACCCUGCACGCGUGGGCCUGCCAGGAGGCCCGCCUGGGCAUGGCAGGCAGCAGAGAGGUGGCGAGGGGGCUGUUCCAGCGGUGCCUGGAGGUGCAGCCGGGGUGUGUGCGCGCGCUGCAGGCGUGGGCGGUCAUGGAGCAUGGGGCGGGGGACGUCGAUGUGGCCAGGAAGCUAUUUGACAGAUGCCUUGAGGUCGCUCCUGCGUCUGUUCCAGCGCUCCAGGCAUACGCAAGUUUGGAGCGGCAGCAGGGAAACUUAUCCAAGGCCCGCUCUCUUCUGGCUGUCGCCCUAUCAGCCCAGCCGGACAAUGCAGCAGCGCUGCAGCUAGCAGCUGAGGUAGAGGAGGCGCUGGGAAACGCCACCCUAGCGCAUGAGCUGUUUGUGCGUACCCACCGGGCCGAUAGAGUGGCGGCGAGGCGAAGGCGGGGCAUGUUUGAGUCAAAGAAGGCGGAGAGGAGAGAGUUGCAGGGGAGAUCGGGGGUGCCGCAAUGGGUGGUGGGGAAGAUGCAGCAGAGGCGGGUGAAGAGGAAAGAUGAGGGGAAGAGGGACGAGUUGAAAAGAAACUGAUGAUUUGACUCUGGUUAUGAAUAUGGAGCUGCUGUGGAAUACCUCCUGCUAUGGACUCUGCUUUUGUGAGCAGCUUGUGUACAGCUUAUAUCAAGUGCCGUUUGCUUGCUUAACUUGGUGUUUCGUGUUAGUGCUGUGUAUUUGAAUGUGCUUUGUAAUUCCCUCCGUCCAUGCACACUGGAAUUUAAUUUCCACGGUACUAU